UUCGAGACCAAUCAGCCUUACGACAGAUCUUCAUGCCCUCAAUCUUCCGUAGUGAAAAAAUGUCACUUUGUCAAAUGCUUUUGCAUCGCGAAACAGCCUUUGAUUGUCUCUACGAAGUCGGCAAGGAGGGUAAGGUGCAAUUUAUUUCACACAUCGAAGGCUACUACCUACCCUGUAUGAGCUAUGUCUCCGAAGUGCAGUCUUGCCAUGAACUGCUCAACACAAUGAAGACUCUGCAGACUGAGAUCGAUGACUGUCAUCUGACCACUAUCUAUUAUCCAAACGUGGACACAGAAGAAGUGCCCACAGAGAGUGAUUUAUUGAACAUCGAAGCUAAUUUGGCGGCAAUACAAGCCGAACUGGCAGAUGUGCUGUCGGAGAGAGAAGUGCUGCAGCUGCAGCAAACCGUAUUGAAGGAAAGACUUUUCGUGCUCACGCGCACCGAGGCAUUUUUCACGGGCAGCAGCAACCGUGAGCCUGUCAUGGCUUGGACUAACAGCAUGAUAAUGAAUCUGCUGCGCGAUCGUAUGCAAAGCGAUACGCGAGACACUCAAGCACAUCUGGGCUUUUUAACCGGCACAAUACAAGUUGAUAAAUUUCGUGCCUUCGAGCAGGUCUGCUGGCGCAUUUGUCAUGGUAAUGUUUAUAUACGACGCGCCGAAAUGCCGCACAUCAUGACGGACGCAAACAAAGGGAAGAACACCAUACGCAAGUAUGCUUUUGUCAUUUUAUUCGUUGGCCAUGCAAUGCGUAUGAAAAUCGUGAAAUUGUGUCAAGCUUACUCCGUACAACUGCACGACUAUCCAGAAACCGCCAACGAUCGCAUUGAGUACCGCAAGCGAAUCUCUUUGGAAUUGGCUGACAUCGAAUUGGUGUUGGAGCAAAUGAAGGCGCAGCGACGCAGAAUACUCAGCAUUGCUACAUUGGAGUUGUUUAUUUGGCACUCAAAAAUCACUAAGUCACUUAUGAUUUACGACGCUAUGAACAAAAUGGCGAAUGUGCAUCAAUUGGAUAGGCAAAAGUAUUUGGUUGCCGAGUGCUGGAUACCGACGAACAGUGUGCCGAAAGUGCGCCAGACACUGUUCAGAGGCGCAUUGCGUUCUUCGAAAGGCGCACAAACUUUUCCGCCUAUUAUAACCGAAUUGAAAUACAAGCCGCGACUGCGCGAACCGCCAACCUACUUUGAAUUGAAUAAGUUUACGAGGGGUUUUCAAAAUCUUGUAGAUGCUUAUGGCAUUGCUUCUUAUAAGGAACUCAAUCCAUCACCAUACACUAUUAUCACCUUUCCCUUUCUCUUUGCGGUGAUGUUUGGUGAUGUGGGCCAUGGUAUUAUAAUGACUGCACUCGCUGGAUGGAUGUGCAUUAAAGAGAAACAACAAGAAGAGCGGAUGAGGAAUGAGAAAGAACCUAACGAAGUCUUCAGCUUGAUUUUCGCCGGUCGUUAUGUCAUACUACUGAUGGGUAUAUUCUCAAUUUACACGGGGUUGAUAUACAAUGAUGUGUUUUCGAAGCCGCUUAAUUUGUUUGGCUCACAUUGGCGUGUCAACUAUACAACUACUGAGGUAUUGGCUAAUAACCACCUACAGUUGGAUCCACAAGACCCCGCACACUACCAUGGCACACCGUAUAUAUUUGGCAUGGAUCCAAUAUGGGACAUAGCCGGCCAGUAUUCCAUCACUACCUUCAACUCGCUGAAAAUGAAAAUUGCUAUUAUUUUGGGUGUGGUCCACAUGCUGUUCGGACUGUCGUUGUCAGCAUGGAAUAGCAGGUACUUUAAGAAUUCAAUCGAAUUGUAUUUGGUAUUUUUGCCGCAGAUUGUUUUCUUUGCUUGCCUUUUUCUCUAUUUGGUAUUGCUAAUAUUUAUUAAAUGGAGUAUAUUCGGAGGACACUACGCGAAGCCUUACAACAGCGCCUGCGCUCCCUCCAUUUUGAUUAUGUUCAUUAAUAUGGUGCUUUUCAAAGACGGCUCGAAGGAUGUGCAAAAAGGCUGUCAAUUGGAAAUGUUUACAUUCCAAAUGGGCUUACAAUACAUGCUGAUUUUCAUAGCUUUGUGUUCGAUUCCGGUUUUAUUGCUUGGCAAACCAAUACAUAUACAACAUCAGCAAAAGAGAAUCAAGGCAAUUCAGGAUGCCGAGCGCAAGCGCAUGGUGAAUCGAGAAACAUUGAAGAACGUGCGAAGAUCGCUACAAACCUACAAUGUGGAAUAUAUAAAACCUGGUUCAUCAUCGCAAGUAUUUCGCGAUUUGGAAGAGGAAACUGUGGAUAUGACUGAAGUUUGGAUACAUCAGGGCAUACAUUGCAUCGAGAGCGUUUUGGGAUCUGUCUCGCACACGGCCUCUUAUUUGCGGCUGUGGGCGCUAUCUUUGGCGCACGACCAAUUGUCCACAGUGCUGUGGAAUAUGGUGCUACACGUACCACUUGUACGCCUGAAUGGUUUCAUUGGCAGCAUUGCACUGUAUUUGGUGUUUUGGAUAUGGGCUGCUCUUACGAUGGCCAUUCUUGUGGUUAUGGAGGGACUAUCGGCAUUUCUGCACACUUUACGUUUACAUUGGGUCGAAUUUCAAUCUAAAUUUUAUAAUGGCUCCGGUGAGAAGUUCGUACCGUUCUAUUUUCAACCAACGGGGAGAUAUAUUUGAAAGAGGUUCGAAAAGGCUGCCGUGUAUCAAAGAUCAGCAGAUUGAAAGAUCGAAAUGGCAUUUCUCAAACCUUACAGUCUCCUUCACUUGAGUCAUAAACUACAUAGUAUAUAUAAC